UACAUUAUUUAUGCAGUUUUGUUGAUUUCAAUGCUGUUCUGAGAAAAUUUGCUUAUGUUGAUUAAAGCAACUGUUGAUCUGAUGAGAUAGUGUAAAUUACUGUGGUAUAAGCAAUUGGUCCCCAUGACUAUGCCGUUUGCUAUCUUUAGAAAUAUAACUAACAACAAUGAUACAAUGAAUAAGUGAUGGAUGAUGAGGUUGCUGAAGAUAAAGUCCAGAUCUGUGAAGGUCAAGUGGAACGACAGAUUGUUGUGCAGGUAAAUGGAGUAGUUCCUGAUUGUAAUCUACCUGCUGGCUGGAUUGGUGUCAAUCACAAAUGUGGAGCGAUUGUGUACUUGCAUAAAGAGAGUCGUGUUGUGACAUGGUCUAGACCUUACUGCAUUGCAAAAGAAACCAGCUUACGGAAACAUGACAUUCCACUACUUUCAAUACCAUGUUUACAUCAAAAGAAAACAAAAGGCAAGCUUAUAACUGGCGUCAAACGUAAAUUGCCAGAGGAGGAUUUAAAAUUAAAAUCUAAAAUACAAAAAUCAAAUGUAACUGAAAGUGAAGAAAUUUUGAACAGAUUUGAGCAAAUAUCAAAUGCAACAAGAGAAGAUCUGAUACAAAAUACUGAAAGUUCUUCCAAGGAACUCAUCACAAAUUACAAUCACAACUCUUCCGUACAAAAUGUUAAAGAUAAUCUGGUACAGAAAGAUAAUCCUUCCAACCAAACCACCCUUGAGAUAGUAGAUUCGACAGAAGUACAUACUUAUUUGAGUAGUAUUUUUGAUUUUGAAGUUUUAAGCAACGAUUAUAGUACCAAACCUUUAUAUACGGAUGCAAAAUGUAAAAGCGUCCAACCGAUAACAUCAAAGAAUGCUGGAAAAAAGAAGGAUGGCAUUAAUGUGGACAGGAAAUCUCCACUGCAAAUAUUGAACGAGUUUUGUCAAAAGAAGCUUAAAGCACCCAUGAAAUUCAAUAAUAUUGACUCUGGCGUUUUGCAAGAUUUUGUUGUUGAAGUUGAAUUAAAUAAUUUAAAAUAUGGUAUUGGAAAAGGCGAUACGCAGAAGAGUGCGAAACAGGAUGCUGCUUUACAGACAAUCCGCAUUUUAGAUCAAAACUUAAUACCAGAGAAUGACAAAAAAAGUUAUUUUGAGUUGUUUGAUGAGCUACCUAUACAAGAUCCUAGCAUUUAUCAUACUAUUAAAGACAUGGAAUCUCCAUCGGAGCUGGAACAACCUUAUUUUGUUUUAUUUAAAUUAUUUAAAAGGCAUUAUUCUGAUUUGCAAGAAAGCGAUAUCUAUUUCGUAGUCACAGAGGUUCGUAAGAAGCGAUAUCAAUAUGAAAUGAGAUAUCAACAUUACACUGCAGUGGGAACUUGUAGAAAAAGAAAGCACGCUAAAAAUCUUGCGUCACAAAAUAUUAUACAGCAAAUGUAUCCAACUCUGAAACAUUGGGGCUCCGUCAUCCGGUUGAGUAAUGCUUAUUUGCCGAUUACCAAUAAAGAGAUUAAAAUUCAAGAUAGAAAAAUUGAAGUAAACCGAAGUGAAGCAUUAAUUAAUGCUCUGAAGACUGAAAUGAGGAAGAUGACAUAAUUUUUUAUGAGUUAGAUGUUUUAACGUUUUACGCGAUUAUUUAUUUUUGAAAUUAGUUUUAUUUACUGUAUAUUAUAUAUUUUGUAUCGGUUGGUCAAUGCGAAUGUCCAGAAAACGGUAAAAAAUCAACUCUAA